GUCAGUUAAAACGCAGUUUACACAGUGCUCAUUAAAACAGUUUAAGUUAUUUUUCAAAAAGUGUUUUUAUUUAUAAAAGUCUACAUUUGUUUCUCAUAUACUUUAUGUACCUAUGUAAAAUCCCUUUCCGGGCUUACUACAUAAAUAUUUGGUGUCAAAAGUUCGGACUGCGAUCUUCAACCUGCGUUCUUCGCAAACUGAGAUGAACACCACCGUCGUUCGAAGCACUGACAUCCUGACAAGUCAACACUGUCCCUAACGUUGAACGACCGACCAUCGUCUAACGUUAGCACAGCACCGCCAGAAGCUUCCAUUGCUCCAGCGAACCGCAAAACCCAAGUCGUUCUUGGUCAACGCAAAGCAUCUUUGCAACAAUUAAAAACACCGACCAAAGUCCUCCAGUGGACGACCGCGAUGGUGGUGAUGUUGGCGAACCGGAUCCGCUUGACAUAAUAUUGACUGAAGUUCGAAUGAAACCACGGGAAACUAUCAUCUCAGAUAGCAGCAGUAGUGAAGAAACUUCAGACAACGAAGGCAGUGUAAUUUCAAUAGCGUCGUCUAAAGACACGUAUAGCGGUAUACCAAAAACUAAAGGAGAGCUUUCUUUAACGGAUCUGCCCCCCAUUGAGGAUUUAUGUAUUUCUGUCGAAGAAGAACAGUGCAAACCUAUUGGGAGCAUUAAAAGUAUCGUCGAUUCUUUAGUUGUUGUGGAAGCGUUCAUUAAUGUUCCGCCACUCGACAUUGACUCCGUUUUGUUUGUCGACCGUGGGAAGCGCGCCUUAGGAAAAAUAUUUGAAGUGGUCGGGCCAGUCAACAAGCCAUACUACACUGUACGUUUCAAUGGUUCCGACCAUGUACAAAAAUUCAACGUCAACGUCAAGGAAACGGUUUAUUGUGCACCUCAAACCGAUUAUACAUCUUACGUAUUCAUUUCGAAAGUGAUGCAACAUAAAGGUAGCGAUGCCUCCUGGAAGGAUAACAAUGAACCGCCGCCAGAGUACGUUGAGUAUUCCGAUGACGAACAAGAGAAGUUAGCGAAAAAAAAUAGAAAAAGAAAUAAAAAAACUGUACCGGAACGCCAUGUACAGCAGCAGCAGCAGCCGCCACAGCCACAGCAACAACAAGAAAUUCCUCAGACUCUGGUACGACAACAACAACCACAAAGCCCACAAGUUUAUCGGCCACAGGGGAACGCUCAGUACCAACAACCAGUGCCGCCAGUAUAUCAUCAUCAACAACAACAACAACAGCCGUAUCCGCAAUUUCAACAGCAACAAAAAUAUCCUGCGUGUCAACCUCCGCAACAGUACGCUCAAUCUUACCAACAGCCACAGCAAUACCCUCCGUACCUUCAACCGCAACAAAUAUAUCCUACGUAUCAACAGCCGCCGCAACAAUAUCCCCUACAACAACAUUGUCCUCCUCCUUUUCCUCCGCCGCAAAUACAGCCGCCCCAACAAUAUCCACAGCCACAAGUACAGCCGCCCCAACAAUUUCCAACAUACCAACAGCCGCCCCAACAAUAUCCUCUGUACCAACAACCGCCGCAACAAUAUCCUCCAUAUCAACAACCUAAGGGGCCUUAGCUCCUUCCGGAUUUAAAUUUGUUGUUAACUUUUCACCGAUACUAUGAUAUAGUAUUAUGUAUUACGUAAUGAAAUUAUUUUAUUUGUAUAAUGUUAUCGUAAAUAAGUAAGGAAUUACAGCUCUGUCCCUCAAUUUUUAUUAAUUGUACUUUGCUGUAGGGUAUACAAAUAUGACUUUUGUAAAUUAAUUUAUACUCGACUAUUUUUAUAGCUUUCCAUCUUUAUGUUAGUUAGGUCUACGACGCCCUGCCUUCCUGCUUUUUAUAAUAAACAAUUUGUUUAAACAA